CGGUAAUAAUAAGGUCAAGAUAGUUGCUGGUGUGCUUCUUGUCAGCUGUUACAUUUGCAGAAGCCAUGCAAGCUUAAAAGGUAACACUGUCUGAUCCAUUUGCUUUCAUAAAUCAUGUUUUCACUUUGUUCUUACCAACUUCCUUAGCUGAUGUUCAGAAAUAUGCUUGACCAACAUGAUAUAGCCUUCUAUGGUUAAUUUUAGUAUGUAGUAAAAUGUUUCGGGGGUGGAAAAAACCAUGUGAUAAACGACAGGAGCAUUGAAGGGCAAAUGGAAGACUCAGAAGUCCAGUUAUUCGACCUAGCAUUAAUAUCCAAAGCAACCAAUGGCUUCUCAGUUGACAACAAACUAGCACAAGGUGGUUUUGGGCCUGUAUGCAGGGGUACCCUGGUAGAUGGACAAGAAAUUGCUGUGAAGAGGCUUUCAAGAAGCUCUGGCUAAGGUUUAACUGAGUUCAAAAAUGAAGUAGCACAAAUAGCCAAGCUUCAACAUCGAAAUCUUGUAAAGCUUCUGGGAUGCUUGCAUAGAAGGAAAGGAAAAGAUGCUGGUUGAUGAAUAUACGCUCAACAAAAGUUUGGACCUCUUCAUUUUCGUGGUUAACAGAUAUGUUAUUGAUGGAGUGUUUUCAGUAAAAUCAGAUGUCUUUAGCUUUGGUAUAUUAUUGCGGGAGAUAAUAAAUGGGAAGAAAAAUAGAGGGCUUUCCAUCCAAUACAGAGCGCCUACCAUUUUGAACAUACUAUGGAAAGAAGGCAUUCCUUUAGAAGUUGUAGAAGAAUGCUUAGGAGAGUCUUGCAAUCUAUCAGAAGUGAUCCGAUGCAUCCAUAUUAGUCUUUUAUGUGUACAACAGCAUCCUAAGGAUAGGCCAAGUAUGUCAUCUGUGAUUCUAACGUUGGGAAGUGAAACUGAAUUGCCACACCCCAAACAACCUGGUUUUUUGUUUCAGAAAAGUCCACUUGAAGAAAAUUCUUCAUCAGACAAACGUGCAUCUUCUUCCAGAAAUGAAAUGACUCUGUCAGUACUAAAUGCUCGAUAAUUAAUUAACUGUAUACUUAACUCUUUCAUCUCCAAGAUGUGCUUGAUGUUUUCUUGAGACUUUUGUUAGUUCCUGUACAGCAGAAGUCUGUGGGUAAAGGGUAGAGAGCUGUUUCUAGUUUCAUUGCUCAGGUUAGGGAAGGAAAUUGCUAUUGUUCUUUGUGAAGCAGUUUCCCUUUGUAAUUGUAUAUAUUUUCCAUUUUGCACAAGCCAGA